CAGUCAACUGCAGUCAAACUUCUGAAAGCUGUUCUGGAACCAUCAGAUUCCUCCUGCCCCUCAAACAGUCAGCUGCUUCGAAUUCGCUUCUCGUCGUAACUGAGGUUGAGAUAGAACAUGCAGGUUUGGAUUGUCUUCCUCCUGUGCCUCGGUGGCAAAGCCCUGGCUGCUCCUGCUACUGAGGAUGAGGUCAUCGAUGAGGUGCUGGAGGAGCUGCCAGUGGGCUCAAACCCAGUCCAGGUGGAGACCGGAGAGUUCGAUGAAGCCAUUGAAGUUAUAGAGGAGAUCCCCUCUGAGAACCCCUGUCUGAACCACCACUGCAAGAAGGGCAAGGUGUGCGAAGUGGACGAGAGCAACACGCCCAUGUGUGUUUGCCAGGACCCCUCCACCUGCCCCGCUAGCACUGCCGAGUUCGAGCAUGUCUGCGGCACUGACAACAAGACCUACGACUCUUCCUGCCACUUCUUCGCCACCAAGUGUGCCCUGGAAGGCACCAAGAAGGGACACAAGCUGCACCUGGACUACAUCGGACCCUGCAAGUUCAUCGCUCCCUGCAUUGACAACGAGCUGAGUGAGUUCCCCCUGCGCAUGAGGGACUGGCUGAAGAACGUCCUGGUGUCCCUAUAUGAGCACGAUGAGGACAACAACAUGCUGAGCGAGAAGCAGAAACUCAGGGUGAAGAAGAUCUACGAGAACCAGAAGCGCCUGCAGGCUGGUGAACACUCCCUGGACCUGCUGGCCCACGACUUUGAGAAGAACUACAACAUGUACAUCUUCCCAGUGCACUGGCAGUUUGGACAGCUGGACCAGCACCCCAUUGAUGGAUACCUGUCCCACACUGAGCUGGCUCCUCUCCGCGCUCCACUCAUCCCAAUGGAGCAUUGCACCACCCGCUUCUUCGACCAGUGCGACACUGACAAUGACAAGUACAUCGCCCUGGAGGAAUGGGCUGGCUGCUUCGGCCUCAAGGAGCAGGACGUUGACAAAGACCUUGUCAUCUAAACCCAGCUAAUCACGGACACUCUGUUUUUUUUUUACUUGGGCAAGGUGCUAAUCCUUAGAUGCUAAACCACAGUACCGGUGCUAAUCUCUCAUUUUAUAAACCUACCUGUACCACUAAAAAACACAGGCAUGCGUCCGAGUAUAAAUCACAAAACUAACUGAAGUACCUUUUAGUUGUGUCAAAAAAAGAUAGUAGAAAUGUAACCCAGGCCAUUAACCCUUAAUAAAGAGUAUGCCGGUGAGGUAGAGUUUGUGUGACCAAGCUUUGUGAAGUGUCCUUAUCCUGACAGGUGGACCAUGUAUGUUGUGAGAUGGAGGGUUUGUGAGAUGAUGUUUUAAUAUACUAUAUGGGUAAUAUGUCUGAUUCCAACAGGGCUUGAAUUUAAGUACAAUUUGGCAUAAGCAAAGAUUUAAAAUGUUACUCAAAUAAAGUUUUUAAAUGUCUUUUUCCCUGCUUUUAAACUAUUAUUUUAUUGCUUUUGCGCUUUAAUUUGGGAUGGCAUCACAAACUUUCUGCUUUUCUUGUUUUGGUGUAGGUUUUUUUGUAAGUUUGGGCUUUUUUUUUUUUUAAAUUUUGAUUUUCUCGGUUUUUUGUUUUUGUAUUCAUCUAUUAAAUUUGAGCCCUGC